AUAACAAAAAGUAGAAAAUGUUUUUAAAAGACUGAGUCAAAGAAAAAAAUCCCUUUGUUUUUAAACAAAUGGUUUCUUUACAAGAUCUGCAUCCAUCUAGUCAUGAUUUUUCCCAUCUAGAUUUAGGGCUUAUGGUUUUUGAGGUGCCCCCUCCGCACCAAAUGCCCGUCUAUCCUUUCACCUCAAAUUGUGGUCAUUGUCCAAGGCAAGAAUGAAAAACGUGAUCAGACCUCUGGUCUUUGCUGAUGUUGGUCAUGGGGGGCAGUUCAAAUGGUCUGUUAGACUUAACGUUCAUAGUCAUGGGGUCUUUUGCUCCCUUCUCUCCCUGGGCUUUGUCCUCAUCUAGGCUCAGGUUGUUUGGUUAGUCCUGACUUCUGCUGCCCCAUGUGAAAGUGAAGCAAAAUGUAGACUCAACUUGGAGUUAAUAGAUAGUCUCACCCUGUGUGGGCCUGCCUGCUCAUGUCAGAGAGGGCUAUCACAGUUCCAACAUAGGCCUGCCAGCUCAUGUCCCUGCUUGAAAUGGGGGAGGGACACUGUGGAUCCUAGAAGCAGGCUUUUAAUAUAUCUUUUUGGGGGAAAUCAAUUGUAUAGUGAAUAAUAAAAUAAUGAAAAUAUGUCAUUAGUCAAUCUGAACAUCUUAUUGAGAGCUAAAAAACCUUGUUACUUAGAUUUUAGAGCAAAAGCCUUGAUUCUGGGUUGCCAAACAGACGAGGCUUGUCUACCCACCCAGUAAUACCAGUCAAGGAGAGGAGCAUUGGUGAAGGCCAGGAAAGGAGUUUUAAUCAGCAUGGUCACGAUGAGAAGCACAUAGAAAUAGAUUCAAGAUCUAUCUUGGAGGGGCUGACAGAAGCUUUGGGGUUUUAUAGAAAAGGAGAAUAAAGGCAAGGAUUAGGGGUGUACAUAGGGGCUGUUUGUAUAGCUGGCAAUGUAGGUAAUCCAAUCAAGUCUGGUAUGAUAGAUUAGUAUCUCAAGACUGGUUCUUGAGGAAGGUUUUGUGAGCCAUCAUCACUUGAAAGGGCAGUUUGGUUCCCAUCGUGAGAUGAUAGGUUCUGCUCUGAGGGCAUCAUCAGUUCUCAUCAUGGGGUAAUUGUUACUGCUUGGGGGGUGAAUUCAUCCUGGGGUGGUCAGCAAGGUUCUGCUUUCUCCAUAAUCCAAGGUGAUUUUAGGUUUAGGACAAUGGCUGGAGACUUCUAGGCAUAGUUCUGGAGAUCUAGAACUGGAUGUUGUUUGGUUUUUUGUUUUUGUUUUUGUCUUUUUGGUACCAGGGAUCGAACUUGGGACCUUGCGCUUGCAAGGCAGGCACCGGAACCACUGAGCUAAAUCCCCAGCCCUAGAACUGGAUAUUGUAAAAGCUGGAAAUUAGAUGUCCCUGAAAAUUCUGAAAAUUACCAAUCAUGGAAGAGAAAACAAGUUGAGAGUCAGUAUUCAGGUCCCAAACCUGAAAGUUAUCCUCAGUCCUGUUACAGGAAGUGAGAGACUGCUUUUGCUAAAAAGUGCUGACUUUUCAUUUGGACCUGUAAAUAUCUGCUACAAGCUUGUCAGUCGACACGUGAAAAACAACCUGAUCUGUGGUGGGAAAUAGCAACCCUGCCAAAUAUACCUGCUUGCCGGGGACAGAGGAUGUGAUGGAGCUGCUUGAAGAAGACCUCACGUGUCCAAUUUGCUGCAGUCUAUUUGAUGAUCCUCGAGUUUUGCCUUGCUCACACAACUUCUGCAAAAAAUGCCUAGAAGGUCUUCUAGAAGGGAAUGUGCGGAAUUCUUUGUGGAGACCAUCUCCAUUCAAGUGCCCUACAUGCCGUAAAGAAACUUCAGCUACAGGAGUUAACAGCCUGCAAGUUAAUUACUCCCUGAAGGGUAUUGUGGAAAAAUACAACAAAAUCAAGAUCUCCCCCAAAAUGCCAGUGUGCAAAGGACACUUAGGGCAGCCUCUCAACAUUUUUUGCUUAACUGAUAUGCAGCUGAUUUGUGGGAUCUGUGCAACUCGAGGUGACCACACCAAGCAUGUCUUCUGUUCUAUUGAAGAUGCCUAUGUUCAGGAAAGGGAUGCCUUUGAGUCCCUCUUCCAGAGUUUUGAGACCUGGCGUCGGGGAGAUGCUCUUUCUCGUUUAGAUACCUUGGAAACUAGCAAGAGGAAAUCCCUACAGCUACUGACUAAAGAUUCUGAUAAAGUGAAGGAGUUUUUUGAGAAAUUACAACACACAUUAGAUCAAAAAAAAAAUGAAAUCCUGUCUGACUUUGAGACCAUGAAACUUACAGUUAUGCAAGCAUAUGACCCAGAGAUCAACAAACUCAACACAAUCUUGCAAGAGCAACGAAUGGCCUAUAACAUUGCUGAGGCUUUCAAAGACGUGUCAGAACCCAUCAUAUUUCUACAACAGAUGCAGGAGUUCAGGGAGAAAAUCAAAGUAAUCAAGGAAACUCCCUUACCCCCCUCUAAUUUGCCCACAAGCCCUUUUAUGAAAAACUUCGAUACCAGUCAGUGGGAGGAUAUAAAACUAGUAGAUGUGGACAAACUUUCUUUGCCUCAAGACACUGGCACAUUGAUUAGCAAGAUUCCCUGGAGCUUCUGUCUGUUACUUGUAGUCCUUCUGCUUGGCCUCAUAUUCUUUGGCUCUGCCAUAUUCCUAGAAUGGUCUUUGUUUGAUGAAUUGUCAACAUGGAAAGACUAUCUUUCAAACUUCAGUUCUUAUCUGACUAAAACAGCUGAUUUUGUAGAACAAUCAGUUUUUUACUGGGAACAAAUGAUAGAUGGGUUUUUCAUUUUCAGUGAAAGCGUCAAGAAUUUUACUCUGGUGGUGCUGAAUAAUGUGGCAGAAUUUGUGUGCAAAUAUAAACUAUUAUAAAAAUCUCAA